AUGGUCUCGUUGAAGCAAGAAUUUCACUUUUAUGAUUAUUUGGGACCAAUUGCUGUGGCACUACUUUUUGCUAUAGCUGUGCUAUUAAUAUCAUUUUUUGUUCUAAACUUUUUCUUCAUCUCUAAAUAUGAUGACCCAACUGUUUUUGAACGACUAGCUUCCAAGCAUAAUCUCAGGCUUGGUCCACAUGAUGUACAAACUGUUAUAAGUCGUAAACAUCGUUAUAUGAAAAAUAAUGCUAUCAGAGGAUCUCAGAAAUCUUUCUGCAAGGCAUCUGAUAAACCAAUUCACAAUUCACAACAGAAAGUUGAAUUCACAUCUCAACCAAUACCAGAAGUAUGCAUUAAUUCUGUCUAA